AUGGCAUUGAGGUAGAGUGUGAAACCAUGUUUCUACCAAAAGAAAACAAAGAAGACGUCGAUGAUUGGGACGAAAGCGACGAAGAGAUUGACCGGGACUUGAGCAACUCAAACUGGAUCGGCAAAGCGGUUGUCCAGAUUCAGAAGAUGUGCAAGCACAUCAACGACAUGCUGAAGAGGACAACCAAAGGAUAUUUCACAGCCGCCAUUUUCCUGCUGGGUUACGCAGCAUACUUUAUCAUUGCCAUGGUGCAUGAUUUUGGUGACGAGCCUUCUGUACGGCUGCUAGUGUGCACCAUACUGGGGGUUAUUAUCGCCACACGUCACCGCAUCCGGCAAGCGUGUGGGUGGUUGUUCAAGAGGUGGUACGGCGCAGAAAGGUUUUCUGACGCCCACAGAGCGACGUUACACAAGGCGAGGUUCUUCACCAGAUGGCUGAUGUACGGUGUUCUGACGGCUGUUUCUGUCUACGUGUUGAUUGACGAGGGGCGGAAGGACACCAACAACCUGCGGUCACUCCCUGGACUCUUCCUCUUCCUGCUCGUGUGUCUGCUCUUCUCCACACAUCCGUCCAAGGUGAACUGGCAUACCGUGUACUGGGGCUUUGGCCUACAGUUCCUGACAGCGCUGCUGACUCUCAAAUGGAAGACGGGCCAAGAUAUGGUUCUCUGGGUCCAGAACCGUUUUGAUGAGUUUUUUGCCAACUCUAAAGCCAGCUCUAGACUUAUGUUUGGGGAGACCUACAUGGACCAUUACUUUGUUUUUGGAGCUAUGCCCAUUGUUUUCCUGACCAAUGCCACGUUGACCAUGCUCUAUUACGUUGGUGCCAUGCAAUUCCUGAUCAAAUCCAUCGGUAGCUUUCUGUGCUUUGUCUUGAACACUUCGCCCGUGGAGAGCAUGAGCGUAGCCGCUGGCAUUUUCCUAGAAGGGAUCACUUCCAUACUGUCCCUGAGACCGUAUUUGGAUAGAGUUUCCAAGUCCGAAUUAUUUCUGAUCAUCACUUCAGUUUUUGCAUCACUUGGUGGUGCUUAUUUGGCCAUUCUUUCUACAAUAGGGGUAUCCCUGGAGUACCUGAUCCCUGCCAUGGUGGUGUCCGCCCCUGCCACGUUUGCUGUGUGUAAGCUCAUGGUACCAGAGACCAGGAACAUGGCCGAGACCUACAAGGAGCUGGCCAUAGGAGACGAGGAGAAAAAGAAAUACACCAACAUAUUUGAUGCCGCCCAAACGGGAGCGACCUCUAUGCUGGCUCUAAUUGGCAACGUCGUGACCGUGUCCUUUGCUUUUUUCUCAUACAUCGAGUGGAUCAACAACACGCUCGAGUGGUUUGGUGACAGGGUGGGGAUCACCAAAUUAAGUAUAGAGCUCAUUUCAUCGUAUCUUUUGUAUCCCGUUGCCUUGGCAAUGGGUAUCGAACCAGAAGACUGCAGAAAUGUCGCCAUGUUGCUAGGUUACAGAAUCGGUAUCAACAAUAUUAUUGCCUUUUUCAAGUUGACAGAUUUAAAAAUAAACAAAGCCAAGUACGACAACUACAUGCUAAGUACGAAUUGGACAGGAACGAUAACUCGAAACAGAGACGAAGUUAUUCUGGAUAUGUGGAACGUUACUUUAAAACACGGAUUCAUCUCUAAACGAUCAGAGGCGAUUAUAACCUACUGCCUGUGUGGGUUCUCUAGUUGUUUCACCGUGGCCGUCGUCAUUGGAAUCAUGUACACGCUCCUGCCCCAGAGGAAAGUCUGGAUAUCAAAGAUGGCGUUAUCUGCCCUCAUCGCAGGCAACAUAGCCAACUGCAUGACGGGAUGUUUUGCUAGUUUAUUCUACUAGUCCAGUU